GAGAGAUCGAAAACUAUGAAGUCGAAUAUCGUAAAUUCGAUUAUUUCGAUUAAUCGAUUAUUGAGAAGGAGGUAGUAAAAAAGCAGUGUGCAGUGGUUCGCAAAGGUGUUGUGUGUUUUUGAACAAAGAACAAAUUAAAAUGAGAUUAAAUUGGAAAUGAAUGAUGUCGACCAUACGGUGACAAGACUAGCCAGAUCGGCGGAAAACUACGUCACCAGUGACGGAUUCCCCCGAAACUGGGACAAAGUGCAGUGUACUCUGGCAUUGCGCUUUACCGGAAUCUCUCUCACUCCAUGUCCUAGUACCCUCCCCCUCUUAUCCUCCUUCUCUCUCUUUCUCUUACUCAGGAUUGACCAAUCGUCUCGUCAUCCUCGAACCCUCGAUCGAAACUGACAGGUAAUUAACGACGAAUGGUGCAGGUUCAACAACACAGUAUUUGGAGGGUUCAAUAUCAUGUCAGAUGGGGUUGAUGCUGGCGGCGGGGAAAACGAGGUAGAUUCUCAUUCCUGUUCGCACGCCGAUGUUGGAGAAUCCUCAAAUCCAAGAGAUGAAGAGAAUUUGGAUUUAGAUAAUGAAGCUGCCUUAAAUACUAAUUAUGAUAGUGGUGAUGGUGCUGUACCAGCUUUUAGGUGUGAAAGGUGUGAAAAUUAUGAGACUAUAAAUAAGACAGCAUUCUGCGCUCAUCAAGAUCAAUGUUUGGCUAAUGCUGAGCCAGGGGAAAGCACAGAGAACAUAGAAGCUACUGAAAAUGAUGGAGAUGGAGAAGAAACGCAUCCUGGAAUUCGUUCUCAUAGGAAAAUGUUUGAAUGUGAUGUAUGUAAUAUGCAAUUUUCUAAUGGAGCUAACAUGAGACGACAUAAGAUGAGACACACUGGUGUGAAACCAUAUGAGUGUCGUGUAUGCCAAAAAAGAUUUUUUCGCAAGGAUCAUUUGGCAGAACAUUUUACAACACAUUCUAAAACUUUGCCAUAUCAUUGUCCAAUUUGCAAUCGAGGAUUUCAAAGACAAAUUGCUAUGAGAGCUCAUUUUCAAAAUGAACAUGUUGGUCAACAUGAUAUGGUUAAAUCUUGUCCUUUAUGCAAUUAUCGUGCAGCAACUAUGAAGUGCCUCAGGUUACAUUUUUUUAAUAGACAUGGAAUAGAUUUAGAUAACCCAGGACCAAACAGUUCAAGUUCAUUGAUGAAUAGCUGCGCUCCAGGCGAAGCUAUGCCUUCAGCUCCUCUUUCAGAUAGCGGAGAUAGUACUGGAAAUCGUUCUGCAGAUAAUGCGACUCCGCCAAUGCACUUCCUAACACCUCAUAUAGAGAUAUCAAUUCCUUAUCCUGAACAAAUUGCAAGUCAACGAAAUCCAAGUCCUGCUCCUUUAAAUGGAGAUAGCCCAAACAGUCCACAAAGUGCAGACAGUAACAGUAAUGCUCCAAGUAGUAGUCAUCAUCAGUUACCAAUUAACAGUAGUGGCAUUCACAGGAAUCUUGGUGGUAGUGAAGAAGCAAUCACACCUUCUAUUUCAUUAAUUCCUAUUAAACAAGAACUAAAUAGUAAUGGAACAGAAGAAAAUGGAGCAACAUCUAGCAAUCUUCCAUUACCAUCUUUAAUAAAGGUCUCGCCAUUAAAAUCUCUUCUUCGAGAUGAUUUACGACGUAAACUUUCAUCUGGUUCAGGAAAUAAUAAUAAUAACAACAACAACAAUAAUGGUAAUAAUAGCUCAAAUUCAAAUCCACAUUCAAGAGGAGAACCUCCUAGUUCAACAAGGCCAGAUCAACGAAGCAAUGGACUUCAAUGCGCUCAUUGUAGAAUAACCUUUCCUGAUCAAACAUUAUAUUUUCUUCACAAAGGUUGUCAUAGUGAAAGCAAUCCCUGGAAAUGUAAUAUUUGUGGAGAACAAUGUUGCAAUUUAUAUCAAUUCAAUUCGCAUUUAUUAAGCAAAAGUCAUCAAUAAUUAUUGAAAGAAUAAUAUUCUU